AUGAAUAAUGAUAUUAUAGUGGAUAAUAAUGAUAGUAUAAAGGAUAAUAGUUUAGUAGAUGGUAAAAGAUUAUGUGGUUCAUCGAAAAAGAUAUGUUCAAAGAGACCAAUGGAAGGGUAUAGAUUUUGUAUAAAACAUAUUUUAGAAGAUCCGACAGCACCUUUUAGACAAUGUGAAUUUAUAUCACUAAAAUCUCAAAAGCAAUGUACAAAUCCAGUAUCAGCUAAAGAGGAUGACCCAAGAUUUUGUGUAUCACAUAAACAUAUUAUAGAAACCACAAAGAAACGUAUAAAAGAAAUGACAGAAAAUGAAGAGGCAUUUAAUACCGAUGAAUCACCAAAAACAAAAAUAUUAAAGAUUUUAGAUCGUCAUGGUUUAUCAAAGGGUAAAUUUCAUCAAGAAUAUAAAAAAACAUUAAAAGAAAGAGAAAUUCAACAUCAAUUAAAUCAAAAUAAAAUUGAAUCUGAAAGAUUAGAAAAAGAAAAACAAAAACAAAUAAUACAAGAAAAUCAAGAAGAAAAAAUAGAACAAUUAAAAUUAAAAUUAAAACAAUUACAAAAAGAAAAUAAUGAAAAACAAUUAAUAUUAAAUAAUCAAAAUAAUAAUAUUAAUAAUACUGAACAAAAUAAUAGUAAUAAUCAAAAUAAUAAUUUAUUAAAUUCAUCAUUUGAACAAAAUAUUAAUAAUCAAAAUAAUAAUAAUAAUAAUAAUCAAAAUAAUGAAGAUUUAAUAAAUUCAGAUGAAGAAAAUAAUUUUGAAUUAUUUAGAGCAGUUGAAGAUGGUGGAUUAUCACAAUUAUGUGAUGAAUUUGAUUCAGAUUUUUAUUUUGCAUCAUCAUCCCUAGUUACAGAUGAGGAAAUUAUACAAAGAAAAAAGAUUUAUAUUUCAAAAUUAAUAUUACUAUAUAAAAAACAAUAUAAUAGAUUUAAAGAAAGAUUAAGAAUUUUAAGAAGACAUUAUAUAACUAGUACAACAAAAUCAUCUUUACCAAGUAAUAAUUUAGAAGAGUUAAUUAAAAAACAACAAACUAUUCAAAAUCAAUUAAAUUUUUUACAACAACAACACCAACAAUUAAAUAAUCAAGAACAAUCAUUACAAUCAAUACAAUCAUUACAACCAUUACAAAAAGUUGAAGGAAAAAUAAAAUUAUGUAGUUUCGAAUCUUGUAAAAUGAAUUCAGUACUAUUAUCAGAUUAUUGUUUUAGCCAUAUACUUUUCGAUAAAAAUCAAAAACUUUUUAGUGAAUGUACAUAUCAAAUGCCAAAUGGAAAGAAAUGUCGUUAUCCAAUUCUUAAAAUUCAAUUACCAACACUAUGUAGAGAACAUUUAGAUAUUUACGAAACAAAUAAUGAUAUUAUAAAAUCACUUCCAAAAAAACAAAAACAAUUUAUAAAACAAAGAAUUGAAAUCGAAAAACAUUAUACCCCAACUUUUAUAAGUUGGAAUCAACAAACAAAUCAAUUACAUCAAUCACAACAACAAAUACAACAACAAAUAAAUCAAUCAUUACAACAAAUUAAUCAACAACAACCAUUACAACAAAUAAAUCUACAACAACAACAACCACAACAACCACAACAACAAUCAAUAGUUAAUCAACAACAACAAACUACAUCAAUCGAAAAUUUACCUCAAUUACAACAACCUGAAAUUCAACAACAAAUUCAACAACAGUUAAAUCAAAUGUUACAACAAGGAAAUUUAAAUAAUUCUCUAUAA